UGUCGUUUACAUUGAUUCGUCAUUUUUCUGAUCACGCAUCAUCAUGCCUGAACCAGCAAAGUCCGCUCCUAAGAAGGGAUCCAAGAAGGCCGUCACCAAGACCGCCGGUAAGGGAGGAAAGAAGCGCAGAAAGUCCAGGAAGGAGAGCUACGCCAUCUAUGUCUACAAAGUGCUGAAGCAGGUUCAUCCUGACACCGGCAUCUCCUCCAAGGCGAUGGGCAUCAUGAACUCCUUCGUCAACGACAUCUUCGAGCGCAUCGCCGGUGAGUCGUCUCGCCUCGCGCACUACAACAAGCGCUCCACCAUCACUUCCAGAGAGAUCCAGACCGCCGUGCGUCUGCUGCUGCCCGGAGAGCUGGCCAAACACGCCGUGUCUGAGGGCACAAAGGCCGUCACCAAAUAUACCAGCUCGAAGUAAAGCGGGAUCUGAGAUUUCAGCUACCACAAAGGCUCUUUUAAGAGCCACCCACUUUCUCAAUUGAAAGAGCUCCUGUUG